AUGACAUUGUACAUGCCAUUGUUCAGGUCAUGUUCUACCUUAAGAUCACUCACACAACUCCAUGCUCACCUCGUCGUCACUGGUCUCCACACCGAUCCACUUGCCUCCACCAAGCUCCUCGAGUCCUACGCCCAAAUGGGUUCUCUCCCUUCAUCAAGACUCGUUUUUGAAACCCACCCAUCUCCCGAUUCCUUCAUGUUCGGGGUCCUCAUCAAGUGUUACUUGUGGCACCAAUUGUUUCAUCAAGUUGUUUCCCUUUACCAGCAUCACAUUCAAAAGGGUUCCCACCUCACCCAAAACUGCAUUUUCCUUUACCCUUCUGUUCUGAAAGGUGUUUCUGGAGUUGGGGACUUGGUUAUGGGCAGGAAAGUUCAUGGAAGGAUAGUAAGGUCCGGUUCUGGCACUGAUCCUGUCAUUGGAACUUCGUUGUUGAGCAUGUAUGGGGAAUUUGGGUGUUUGUGUGAUGCCCGGAAGGUGUUUGAUGAAAUUCGUGUUAGAGAUUUGGUUUCGUGGAGUUCGGUUAUUGCUUGUUAUGUGGAGAACGGCCGGCCGGUAGAGGGGUUGGAGAUGUUGCGUUGGAUGGUUUCCGAGGGAAUUGAACUGGACUCAGUUACAAUGCUCAGCGUGGUUGAGGCUUGUGGCAAGGUUGAUUGCCUUGAGCUGGCAAAAUCAGUGCAUGGGUAUGGGAUCAGGAAAGAGAUGGUUGGUGAUGCGAGUUUGAGGAAUUCUCUUAUUGUUAUGUACAGUCAGUGCGGUUACUUGUGCGGAGCAAAAGGGGUGUUUGAAAGUGUUGGUGAUCGAAGUACUUCUUGUUGGACUUGUAUGAUCUCUUCGUGUAAUCAGAAUAGGUGCUUUGAGGAGGCGAUUGAUGUUUUUAAGAAAAUGCAGGAAUCAGAAGUUGAAGUCAAUGCGGUGACGAUGAUCAGUGUACUGUCUUCUUGUGCUAAUUUAGGUUGGUUGAAAGAGGGAAUGUCAGUUCAUAGCUUUAUUUUGAGGAGAGAAAUGAAUGGUGCUGAUCUUGAUAUAGGGCCUGCACUGAUGGAUUUCUAUGCUGCAUGUUGGAAAAUAAGCAGUUGUGAAAAACUUCUUCAUUUAAUUGGAAACGGCAGUGUUAUAUCAUGGAACAGUCUCAUAUCAAUUUAUGCUCAGGAGGGUUUAAACAAGGAGGCCAUGGUGCUCUUUGCACGUAUGUUGGGAAAGGGGCUAAGGCCGGACUCGUUUAGCUUAGCAAGUUCUAUUUCAGCCAGUGCAGGUGCUGGUUCAAUACUAUUUGGACAGCAGAUACACGGCCAUGUGACGAAAAGAGGCUUCCUGAACGAAUUUGUUCAGAACUCCUUGAUGGACCUGUAUUCAAAAUGUGGCUUUGUGGAUUUGGCAUACACAAUAUUUGGCAAGAUUAGGGAAAAAAGCAUUGUGACAUGGAACUGUAUGAUUUGUGGGUUUUCUCAAAAUGGUAUUUCAGUAGAAGCACUCAAGCUAUUUGAUGAGAUGUACUUCAAUUGUAUGGACAUUAAUGAAGUAACCUUCUUGAGUGCAAUUCAAGCAUGCUCCAAUUCGGGUUAUCUCGAGAAGGGGAAAUGGAUUCACCAUAAACUCAUUGUAUCUGGUGUGCAGGGGGAUCUCUACAUCGAUACAGCUCUGGUUGACAUGUAUGCCAAGAGUGGGGACCUUCUAACUGCCAAAGGUGUUUUUGAUAGCAUGGCGGAGAAAAGUGCGGUGUCAUGGAGUGCCAUGAUUGCUGCUUAUGGCAUACAUGGCCAAAUAACUUCUGCCGCCAGCCUAUUCGCCAAAAUGGUAGAGUCACAUAUUAAACCAAAUGAAGUAACUUUCAUGAAUAUCUUAUCUGCUUGCAGGCAUGCUGGAUCUGUAGAAGAAGGAAAGUUCUAUUUUAACUUAAUGAGGGAUUAUGGUAUAAUGCCUAAUGCAGAACAUUUUGCCUCUGUAGUUGACCUUCUAAGCCGCUCCGGUGAUAUCAAUGGAGCAUAUGAAAUAAUUAAGUCAACAAGUCUACCUAUAGAUGCUAGCACAUGGGGUGCUUUGCUUAAUGGUUGUAGAAUACAUGGGAGGAUGGAUUUGAUUAAAAACAUUCAUAAAGAACUAGGAGAAAUAAGAACAGAUGAUACAGGAUACUUCACUUUGUUAUCUAACAUAUAUGCCGAGGGAGGAAACUGGUAUGAAUCCAGAAAGGUAAGAUCAAGAAUGGAAGGACUGGGCUUAAAGAAGGUCCCUGGGUUCAGUUCAAUUGAGAUAGAUAAGAAAAUUUAUAGAUUUGGAGCCGGAGAUACUACUUCUGAAUGGCAAAUGAAAGAAAUCUAUAUUUUUUUAGAAAAUUUUCAAAGUUUGGCACAGGAACAAGGAUGUGAUAUAGAAUGUCAUGGCACUAAUAUGUUUUUUGAGGAUUGUAACUUGUAUAAAUUGCAGAGAGAAACUAGCUGUUCCAUUUUGAACAAAUCAAUCCCAUUUUAG